AUGGUUAAGGGAAGUCAAGGCGAGCGCGUUAGACUUUAUACCAGAGGGAUGAUUCUAGGGUAUAAGAGAUCGAAGUCGAACCAGUAUCCAAACACCUCCUUGAUUCAGAUCGAGGGAGUGAACACUAAAGAGGAAGUGGAUUGGUACCUGGGAAAGCGCAUGGUGUAUAUCUACAAAGCUAAGACCAUGAAGAACAAGUCCCACUACCAUUGUAUCUGGGGAAAGGUCUGCCGGCCACACGGAAAUAGCGGCGUCGUCAGAGCUAAGUUCAAGUCCAACUUGCCGCCCAAAUCCAUGGGGAACAAAGUUAGGGUUUUCAUGUACCCAAGCAACAUAUAAGAACAGAGAAGA